UCCCUGCCACCACGGACGCUGUUGUUGGCCCUGGCCGGUGUGGAGAUGUGGGAGAGGCUGUGGGAGCAGCACCAAGGGGUUAACAGGUCCCCGGGGGGGAGCCUGGAGGGACUCACACCCUCUGCCCAAUCCCGGGAAUCCCUCUGUGCUAAUUGAGCACUAAGCAGAUCAAAGGCUCCAAUCAGGGAAUCAACACCCCCCUGGCCUCAUCUCCCCCAGCCCGGGCUGCCCUUUGUCUGGAGAAGGAGAGCAGGGCAAUGUGGCUUCUCCCCAGCCUGGCCUGGGCUCUCCUGGGCCCCGUCCUGGGGUCGGAGCUGAGCGUGCAGGAGAGUUUGUUGUUGAAAUCCUUGGGCCUGAGCACCAAGCCCAGCCCGAAAACCCCCACCCCGGUGCCUCCCCUGCUCUGGAGGAUCUUCCAGAAGAGAAAGACGCCUCCCCCGAUGGACAAAGACCCCCUGGAUGCCUGUAGGGUGGAGGAAUUUAAUGUCCCCGGGAACAUCAUCCGAGUCCUCGCUGACCAAGGCCCCUUCAUGCCCGAGGAGCAGCCCCAGGGGUGGCUGUGCCUGCGGAAGCGCCUCUUCUUCAACCUCUCCGUGCUGGAGGAGGGCGAGCGCUUGACCAUGGCCCAGCUGGAGAUCAAAUUCCACCACAAUUCCUACCACCCCUCCCGCCAGGGGCAGGUCUUUGAGCUGAGGCUCUUCCAGCCCCCCGAGGUGUUCCCCCCGGGGGUCCCCGAGCCCGGGCAGAGCCCGCUGGUGGAACAGUCCUUCGCUCAGCUGCACAAGUCCCUCCUCUUCAACCUGAGCUCGGCGGCGAAGGAGCGGAGGACGCGCGGCAGGAACUUGGGAUUGAUCCUGGAGAUCUCGGCGGGCACCAUCGGGGCUUUGGGAGCCCCGCGGGGCCUCUGCUCCGGCAUCGACUCCUUCCUGGACACCUCCCUGCUGGUGGUGACCCUGAGCCAGCAGUGCCAGGCCCCCCGGAGGAGGAGGAGGAGGAGGAGGAGGAGUGCGGGGCUGCCCCCGCUCACCCCCAGCAACCUGUGCAGGGCGCGGCGGCUCCACAUCAGCUUCAGCGACGUGGGCUGGGAGAACUGGAUCAUCGCCCCCCAGGGCUACCUGGCCAACUACUGCCGGGGGGAGUGUCCCUUCCCCCUGACGGCCGAGCUCAACAGCACCAACCACGCCGUCCUGCAGACCAUGGUGCACUCGCUGGACCCCCAGGGCACCCCCCAGCCCUGCUGCGUCCCCGUCAGGCUCUCCCCCAUCUCCAUCCUCUACUACGACAACAGCGACAACGUGGUGCUGCGGCACUACGAGGACAUGGUGGUGGACGAGUGUGGCUGCAGGUAGAGGGGGAGCAGGGGGGGGUG